AUGUUGCAUUUUAAUGAUGCUUUUAAUCCACCAUUCACGCCAACAAAUGGCACAACUCAUCAUGAAAUGACAGAGUGUGCUCUUUACACUGUGACAAUCGAUUACCUAAAAAAGGUGUAUAAGAUAAACAUUAAAAGUCUAGCAAUCACAACUGGCGAGUGUCCUGCAAAACUUGAAAAUUUGCUGAAACAAGGAUUUAAAAAAAACUCCUUUGAUUGGCUUCGAUAUACGUAUACAGUCAAUAUUAUUGCAACUAAAAAUGCCCUAAUUGAUGCGGAAGAGCAGCUGAAUGCACCAAGUCAUUUUGAUAGUGAAUCAUUCCCCGGGGGCUCUAAAUUAAUCAUUGAUCGUUACCAGCUGGCACUUAAUGCAAUUAAAAGCAAAAAAUUUGAUGAUGCCAAUGACUUUUUCGGAAAGACAUUACACACUCUCCAAGGUAAAACGGUUUUUCUAAAUUCUCAACUUCAUACUUCCUUAUUUUUUUUUCUUAUUGAAUCAGAUUUCUAUAGUCAUUCAAACUGGAUCGAGCUUGGUAAUAGAAUUCCAAAUUCACAAUUGGGUCUUUCAAAAAUAACAAAGGGAUUUGCCGCUAGCACACAACGAACUUGUACAAAUUGUACUUCAACUACAGACGUGUGUCGCAACAAUGUAGCCUCAAAGAUUUUGUCUAAAAAGUUAUUAACGAGCGGAUAUUUUCACAUUACUCCGAAAACAAAACCUAACAAGCCCACAGGAAAAUGCAGUCAUGGUGGUAUUCUAGAUAGUACAAAACGGUUCGAUGCUGUAGGUGGAAUCAAUAAAGAUACGCUGUCAUCUAUUCACGGUUAUCUACACAAGCCUGCAGCCCAAACAGCUUAUUUAGCUACAUAUAAAAUAUUGAAACAGUUAUGGAACGAUACUAAUGACCAAGCAUUUGGAAAUUUUCUCGGAAUCAGCAAAUCAAUAUUUGCUAGUAAAGCAUUAUUAACUUCAGAUGCUUACGCUUUUAUUCUGAAAAUACAAGACUCGCAUNUAGGUGGAAUCAAUAAAGAUACGCUGUCAUCUAUUCACGGUUAUCUACACAAGCCUGCAGCCCAAACAGCUUAUUUAGCUACAUAUAAAAUAUUGAAACAGUUAUGGAACGAUACUAAUGACCAAGCAUUUGGAAAUUUUCUCGGAAUCAGCAAAUCAAUAUUUGCUAGUAAAGCAUUAUUAACUUCAGAUGCUUACGCUUUUAUUCUGAAAAUACAAGACUCGCAUGUGUACACAGCCAUACUUGAAAAACUUGAAAAUACUACGACUAAAUUUUCAACGAUUGAUGUUAUUGUUUCCUAUCCGGCUGUUGACAAGUAUUAUAAAACACAUUGUUUAUCUAUUGCAACGGAAAAGCAUGUUCGAAUCAAUAUUUAUCGUAAUUCAACAGUGCUUAAUUCAACAGAUGACGAAGAUUAUGGUUACGAUUUGUGUCGUCUGACAGGCGGUACUUAUAUUCGUUAUUUUAAUGCAACAUUGAUGCCUCUGAACAUCCUCAGUCAAUUAUCUAAUACCCAAACAAUCGAUCAUGUAUCAUUACAAAUAAAAAGUAAAAAAUUGGCAGUUAAUAUUGAUCAAUCCUGCCCGAAAUUAUUUAUUGAAUUCAGUACAAAUAACAUAACAGUAGAAGCAUUUCCAAUUCAAUUGCAAACACGAGAUAACACGUUAAUACCAAUGAUAUUAGUUAAUACGUCAUUUUUUAAAGUGUAUACAUUGGUUAACAUUCCAUCAUUUGGUCGAUGGAAUAUUAUUUUUCCCAACACUGGCAACAAUAAUAUUCGCUUUGACGUACGUUUAUCAUGUGCGAGUGAAUUAAUAUGUUGGUCACAAUUGUUUACGGACAAUAGAAAUAAUGUUCAUCCAGGCGGUGUUGAAUUACAUGGCAAUGCGAUACAAGGACACAAGGCAAAUAUCGUUACGCAAUGCUUUAAUAACGAUGAUCGAAUUAAUACUUUGAAAGUGAUGUUGGUGAACGAAACAGGACAUCCCCUACACGUUGUAGCUAAAACUACACAACAAAAUGAUGCUAAAUGGUUAACAAAACUCACCAUUCCAUCAGCACAAUCGUUUCGAAUCAAAAUCACAGCUAACAAUAAGAAAAUUCAGCGUAUCAGUGAUAAACUAUACGAGACAAGUCAGAUUGAUGUAUCAUUUAAUCUGACUAAUGUACAACCUUUUCUGUAUUAUUAUGAACAUACGUCGAUCUCAUUCACCUUGAAAAACUAUGCAAAGCAACCGAUAACAUUGACUCUGUUAGCAAAAGACACUAAUAAUUAUUUUGAGCAAAAACAAUACACAAUAGCAGCCGGUCAAACGAAGGACGACAAAAUCUGGUUAUAUCCAUUACCAAUGAAUAAUAGCUCUACUGAUGUUCCUGAUAUACAAAAAGAUCUGGUCGCACUGACUGUCACUUCAACAGCAGGGGGCAAUUACGACGUGCUAGAUUAUCCAUUCAGAACUGCGAUCAAGUGA